GUUUUUUUUCAAUUUAGGUCCCUUCCUAAAUUCACCUUAUCUCUUCAUUUUAUCAUCGCAUUCCGCGGAGUCUUUCUAAGGCCAAGGGAGGCUAACAAGGAAGGAAGCAAUAACGAGGGUUAAUUCGUUUCUGGAAUUAUGUGGAUUUAAAUAGAGGGAUUAAUUAUUUAAUUAACCGCGUGCAACGUUAUAGUUAGUCUUGCGCUUCAACUUUCAAAUUUGCGAGAUAAGCCAAUCUCGGGAUAAUGGAGAAAGUUUUUUUGCGGGCAAGCGAGAGGAGUAACCGUUACGCCACGAUGCAAAAUAUAAAAAAAAAAAAAUAAUGAUACUCCAGUGCCGAAUUUUUCUCGCCGUGUACCAACGACGUAAUGAUCGAGCUAUCCACUGUGUGCACUGUCACUUUCGUUUGCUCCGAAAGAAAAGAUACAACGUUCGUUCGUUCCUCAUGUGAAAAAUUAGAACGAAUUCGUAUGUGUUUUUUUUUUUUUUUUUUUAAUUCAUAAAUGCCGAUUGAUUCAAAAAGUGCGCGUGCCGCCAAGUUUAUUUAUCACUAUCGAUCUUUCACGCCGUCGAUACGAUUCUCGUACCUGCGAUGUAUGGUGCGGUGCUAGGCAGAAUGACGUAAUGUAAUGAGGUGAUCCGAGUCAGCACCUCCGGUUUAGGUAUCACGUGUUCCGAUACGCGCAAUACUUUUCGAUUUGGUACUCGAAUGCGUAGCGACCGCUCGUGAAACAUCAUUUGUCCUUUGACAUUUGACAAAUAACAAGGAUAGAAUGGUUCCACGGGCGUAAAUCGGAAUGCGGCCUUUUCGCGGGAUCCAGGAUGCACCUCCGAUCGCGGCGAGACAAGUGCAUUCCUCCGGCCGGCUCGCGUCUUUUCCCGGCGUUCGCGUCAUUCUGCGUCCCCAGUGCCUGUCACGUAUCCGUCAUCUGACAUCAUCUGACAGAAUCCCGCGAUCGCGGAAUCUUAAUGAAACGACAGCACUGGUUUUCUGCUCGCAGGUUACGAAGCGUGGUCAAUCGCAUGAGCCGGUCCAAUAUCGGUCUGCAUAAUCUAAGGGAGGAAGACAGCCAAUUUCGCUUUCCAGAAAGAGGCGCCGGCGACCUGGGGAAAGAUGUCGACGGCUCUACUCGCCGUGUUCGCCGUGAUUCUGUGUAUCCUGUUCAGGAUAUUGAACGUGAACAGCGCUCCGCAGAGGCCUCUCCUCGUCUGCAAGGACCAGUCCUUCCUGUCAACGAUACUCAAAAUCGCGCCGGUCAUCGCCGAGCCAUACAAGCCAACAAGAUUGUGGGGUUUCAGCGGCCACGUACAAACUAUUGUCCACAGCAUUGUAGGGCGUGUUCGGUGCCCUUGGCCCAUUGGAGAACGCGUAUACAUCGGUCUUCCCGACGGGACCACCCUUACGUACGAUCUCUAUCAACCGUUGACUAAUGGACACGAAGAUGAUAUAACGAUAGCUAUCUGUCCUGGUAUUGGUAACAGCUCGGAGAGUGUAUAUAUCAGGACGUUCGUGCACUUCGUGCAAUGUCAUGGUUAUCGGUGCGCAGUACUUAAUCACGUCGGAGCCCUUUCUAGUGUCAAGAUCACGGCACCAAGGAUAUUCUCUUACGGUCACACGGAUGAUUAUAACACGAUGUUACAAAAUCUGAUAGAAAAACAUCCUAAUACCAGAAUAGUUUGUAUCGGAUAUAGUUUAGGCGGCAAUCUAGUAACAAAAUACCUAGGAGAACGUGGUUCCAAUAAAUUGCCUAACAUUAUAGGAGGGAUAUCGGUUUGUCAAGGAUACAAUGCUCUCAAGGGAACGAAGAUUUUACUAAACUGGCAGAACUUUAGACGUUUUUAUCUGUAUGUAAUGACAGAAUCGAUGAAGAAUCUUAUACUUAAGCACAAAAACAUGCUUUUGUCCGAAGAUGUAAAAAAGAGGUGUAAUUUAAAUGAGCAUGAUAUAAUUUCUGCGGCGACAUUACCCGAAUUGGAUGAAGCAUAUACAAGGAAGGUACACAACUUUAGAUCUGUACAAGAGUUGUACAAGUGGAGUAGUUGCGUUUUUUAUUUAGACAAUAUUACAACACCAAUGGUAUUCAUCAAUGCAUUAGAUGAUCCCAUUGUACCGGAGGUGUUGUUAAAUCCAAUAAAAGCUCACGCGGCAAAUCACUUAAACACGUUAUAUGUGGAGUUAGCUCACGGAGGUCACUUAGGCUUUUACGAAGGAGGUCUUUUGUAUCCAAAUCCUAUAACAUGGCUAGAUCGAACGCUAGUGUCUCUCGUAGGAUCUCUGACUCUGGCACACGCGGACAAGGCUCUCAAAGCCUCUUAACCCAAUUUAGUUCAUUUAACGUAUUCAUAUUAUCGGACGUUAAUCGAUCACGUGUCACACACAUUCUGAUCUUAUUGUGAGAUCUGCGAACACUAUGCACAUGAUCCACGUUUGGAUAAUCAGAAUGAUUUACAACAAGCCUGCAAUGAGAAUGGAAACAGUAGAUUAUAAACUAAUAAAAAUAUCUGAUACAUUCUUUGAUCAUUUCAAAAGUGAAAUGAUAAUUUCAAAGUGAAAUAGACAGAAUUUUUCACAAA